GUGAAGCUAACCGAAGGUAGUGGCAAGAUUACCAUAGCAGAUCAAUCGGUGUAGUUGUACGUAUUUAUACAAAUAAUGUUCUGCAUCAAGUUUUAUUCAGUGGGAUUAUGUAAGGGAGCUCCCUGCACGCGGUACCUAGCCGAUUCAAGCCGGAGCGGAUUAAUUCUAAGCCGCCGCAUAUGGAGAUCGUAAAUCCUUGUCCGUCGAUAGCCUCGGUCAACUUCAACAUUUUCAACGUGCAUCAUUCUAGACAAUACGACAAUUGCACGACGCUUCACGUUUCCCAUAUAAAAGGUAAGUCAGUUUAUCGGAUUUUUUUUGUUUUUUUUUGUUUUCAUUUGACCUAUAAGAAUUUCCUAAAUGAUGAAAGUUAUUAUUGGAGCUGUCUGAUCCUUCCCAUGGUGACACCUAACAUUACCUUACGCAACAUUAUCUGAAUUUGGAGAUACUCGUUCGUUCUACUCAAUCUACGCUUGCCCUUGCUUGGAGACACGCAUUGACGUAGCAUAGUUCUGAAGCUUAUUCGCUGUCUCAAUUUGCGACGAGCAUGCGCCAACCUUCGUCGAUAUCCACGUUGCUCAUGCGAUUGAGCUAAACAGCAUCCAGAUAAACGAGAUGGAAGUUGCAAACGGAACCCCUGACCCUGCCGCCCCGGCGGCGAACGGCGAACGAGAAGAUCCGGGAGGCUUCAAGCUAAAGUUUUGCACCGUCUGUGCCAGCAAUCAGAACAGGUCGAUGGAGGCGCAUCUACGGUUGUCCCAGGCUCAUUAUCCCGUCAUCUCUUUUGGUACGGGAUCUCUCGUCCGGCUGCCCGGGCCUUCGAUAACUCAGCCGAACGUAUAUCAGUUUAAUAAGGUAUCGUACGAUGCGAUGUACAAGGAGCUUCACGAGAAGGAUCCUAGGUUGUAUACGGCGAACGGCCUGCUGAACAUGCUGGGAAGGAAUAGGCAGGUGAAGUGGGGACCGGAAAGAUGGCAGGAUUGGCAGAUAGGAAUUCCCAGAACCGAUCACACCACGGACCGCGGAAGCGAAGGUACGGAAGGUGGCGUGGUUGACGUCGUCUUUACCUGCGAAGAGAGAUGCUGGGACGCCGUCAUUGAUGAUCUGCUAAACCGGGGGUCCCCGUUGAACCGUCCUGUUCACGUCAUCAAUGUCGACAUCAAAGAUAACCACGAAGAAGCCUCGAUCGGCGGGCGAGGCAUUCUCGACCUCGCAGACUCGUUGAACAACGCCGCCAAGGAGGAACGAGAGAGCAUGGGGGCCGCUGCGUUCGACAUGGGAAGCGCCGCCAGCAGGGCCACUUUUGACGAACGUGUGCCGGAGAUCAUCGGGGAGUGGCAGGAGAGGUGGCCGAAUUUGCCGGCGACGUGGACGCUGGCUUGGUUUUGAUACGCGUUUGCGGAUUUUUUCUUUAUCGAUGAUACCCCGGGAUAUUUUCCGUUGCUGGCUUGGUCGCUGCCUGGCCGAAGAAUGAUAAUUACGAAUAUUUGACAUGACGUGGCAAGUUGUGACGAGGAACUUUAUGCUGAUGAUCUUUCCGACACCUUGUGUAUUUUCUUGAUUAGGAGCGAGGGUAUUCCGUCUUGGUGUCGGCGCUACCCAAUUUUUGACUGCGGACAAAGCUUCGCCUCGGUAAAUCCAGAAACAUAGGAAUAGUCACGGUAUGAGAAAGCAGCUUGAGAUGUGGACUUGGUAAGUUGUUUUCAGUUGAAAUAUGAUGUUAGUAGAGCAAGGGGCUUUAGCUCAUAAGGUAACAAAUGCCAUUCAAACUCAUUGGAAAUGAAACAGUUGUAGCCUUUCUAAGUAAAUAAUCCCUCAGCCGCUUCCAUAUACAUGUAAUUCUUUAAAGUCAUAGCAAGGUUUCCAUGAUUUGCUCAUUAUUUUCUCGACAACCUUUUGAAGGGAAUGUCUUGUUUGCGGUGAUGUCGCGGACGACUUGGUCCGCGG